AAACAGCAUGAGCGAAAAGCGCGUUGAACUGGAAGAGAAGGUGAAACGCCGGAUACGACGGGCGAAAAAUCGCGGUCGCUCUGAGCUCAAACAAGAUGGGGGAUGGACAAAGUACGGCUAUGCACAGCCUGGCGUGCUGAGUCUCGCGCCGGAGCCGACCAUCGCCAAGGACACCAUCGAGCGAGUGCAUGUGGACUCGUUGUCGGAGGCCGAGUUUAUCGAGCGGUACGAGCGACCAGGCGUUCCGGUGGUCAUUACUGGAUGCGCUGAUGAUUGGCCUGCCACCAAGAACUGGACUGAAGAGAAACUGCUGCGCAAGUUUGGCGGACAGCGGUUCAAGUGUGGCGAGGACGACGAAGGCUAUCCUGUCAAGCUGCGGUUUCGGUACUAUGUGCAGUACAUGAACCACGGCACUGGACGCGGCAACCGCGACGACAGUCCGAUGUACGUGUUUGACUCGUCCUUUGGCAAGCAUCGAAAGAAGAAGCAGCUGCUCGACGAUUACACAGUCCCAAAGUUCUUCCGCGACGAUCUCUUCAAGCAUGCCGGCAGCCAACGCCCUCCAUUCCGGUGGUUUGUGAUGGGUCCGAAGCGUUCUGGCACCGGCAUUCACAUUGACCCGUUGUCCACGAGUGCCUGGAACACGCUGAUUCAAGGGCACAAGCGGUGGUGCCUCUUCCCUCCUCAUGCACCACGCGAGUUAGUCAAGCCGGCCAUUUCUGGCAUGGACUCUGAGGCGGCCUGCUGGUUUAGCUCGGUUUAUCCGCGCACCCAAUCACCGAACUGGCCUGCCGAAUUGCGGCCCUUGGAGCUGCUUCAACGGCCAGGUGAAACGGUGUUUGUACCAGGCGGCUGGUGGCAUGUCGUGCUCAACCUAGAUACAACGAUCGCAAUCACGCAAAACUUUGCCAGCUGCACCAAUUUCGAGGCAGUUUGGCGCAAGACAGUGAAAGGCCGGCCAAAGCUCUCGGGGCGCUGGCUCAACAACAUUCGGCAGAGUUACCCAGAGUUGGCGGCCAUUGCGGACGCCGUCAACGCGGAGCGUGCGCAAAAGGCCUCCGAGGGCACACUGUCGUCUGCCUCAACCACCAGCUCGUCGUCCGAUUCGUCUUCCUCGUCCUCAGAGAGCGAUGAUGACGACAGAAAGCCAGUGUCCGAUAGCAUGCGCUCUCGCUCGAGUUCGAACAAGAGCAAGAAGCGCGGUGCUGGAUGUGGAUGUGGCACGAGCGAGGAGGAUUCUGAUUCUGAUCGCGAGAGUCGCCGCACCAAGCAAGCAAGUAGCGCGUCGUGUUCAGCAUCAUCAUUGUCGCUGUCUUCCUCUUCCUCUUCGCACCGAGGAGGCGGUGGAGGUGGGGGAGGAGGAGCGCGCGACAUUCGACCAUUAACAUCGAGCAGCUCUUCUGGCACCUCGUCUGGAGCGUCAACGCCACCGUCGUCCGCCUCUUCCUCGGACGAGAUUCACAGCAAAUCGCGUCGUCAUUCGCCGCCAUCGUACAGCACCGUCGCACCGAUGCGAAUGUCCAUCGAUGGAUGAAGCAAGUUUGUUUCAAGUUUUUUGUUUUUGUUUUUCGCGUCAAUUGAUUUGUUUCGCUUUUUUUUUUGUUGUUCAAUUGUUCAAUUGUUCA